AUGGACAUCUCUGUCCUGCCCAACAACAAUCACCCAGAGAAGUUCCUCCAGCUGGACGUGGGCAUGCUGCCGGCGACACACGGCAUGUUCCAGGUCGGGGCUCUGGUGUCCAGUCAGAGACACUGGCAGAACAGGGUCUACUCCCAGGUAUGGAGCUCUCUCUCAUCUCUCCGUGUGUUCUCCCCUUGUAUCUGGUUCCUUCCAAAUGAUUCCAGUCCGCAGGGAAGAUAUUCUAUCCGAGAUCAUCAUGAUGAUCUGGAGCUGUGUGGGGAACAGGAGAACAGGACAAGGGAGCAAAGGGUGAAGACUGAGAGCUGGUCUCCUCCGUCCCCAGAGGGCCCUCGCGUGGUGUUUGAGGACAGAUACCUGGAGAGGCACAUCACCCCGCUCACUCUCAAGUCCAACGUCAAAAGGAACCCCCUGUACAUGGACACGAGAGCCAUGGAAGCAGCAGACCACAACAAGACCAAGCCUUCCUGGACUGUCAAGGAGUACGACACACAAACAGUCCACGGAAACCUGGCAGGCUACCUAAAGGUAAAUCCUAGAGAUCUGGACUUCUGGCUCGAGGAUCUCUACACGCCAGGAUUUGACUCUUUACUGAAGAAAAAAGAAGCAGAACACAAAAGGAGAAGACUUUGUAAAAUCCUUUUUGCGAUCCUUGUGUCUGUUAGCGCAGUACUUAUCGUCAUCGUAGUGCCAGUCGUGGUUCUCCACAAGAACAACUGAUGGACGGGG